CUUUUAUUGCAUUGAGAACAAACGAAUUUCGUGAGCCUUUCUCGAUAUUUCGAUAAUUUUAAUACCUUCAUACACCUUCAUAAUUUAUACUUUCUGCUCUCGUUGCAAGUGUGUGCAAGUGCCACCGGUAUUGUUUCAGUCACAAGCCACGUCAAAAUAUUAAAAUGAUUGAAAUCGAAUCUAUGACAAGGUAUGUGUCACCAGUCAACCCAGCCAUCUUUCCAUUACUGGCUAUGGUGCUCUUAGGCAUUGGGAUAUUCUUCACAGCAUGGUUCUUCGUCUACGAAGUAACCAGCACCAAGUUUACUCGUGACAUAUUCAAGGAAUUACUUGUAUCAUUGGUUGCUGCUAUAUUUUCUGGAUUUGGAGUACUCUUUUUGCUUCUCUGGGUUGGAAUUUAUGUCUAGCUAAAUCACUACCAGAAUUAACAGGAUUUAUUCUGUAACAAUUUUUCACUGUUGUGCGGAGAUACAUUUAAACCGAUCAUUCCAAUACACCUCAGUCAUUUUCUUGUUUUUACAAUAAAUGCAAUCAUGUAUAUAAA